CCUGAGGCAUCCUUCCUGUCUGGGCUCUGCCUUUCAGUGGAAGGUGUUGAGAGAUAUUACUCACCUCUCCUGCCUUUGCCUGGAAAUAAGUUGUCUGUCGUUGUCGCUGCUGCUGCUGCUGUGUUUCAACACCGGGUAACCUGUCUGUUUGAGGGCUCGUGACUCAGCAAAGUGCUCCCAGAAACAAACAAUAAAGCUCUGGGGAGAGUGCAUCUCCCUCGGCCUCCCAUGGCACCCCUGCCUGCUUCGUCAGUCCAGGGAUGACAGUCACCCCUAAAAAACACAGCGCUCAGCCCGGUUCCUCCUCUUACAGCAACACAAUUUCCAGAUCUGGUGCGGUGCAGAUGGAUGAGACCGAUGGCCUGCGAUUGAAGCACUCCUCUGCUGAAGACUCCCUGUCGCUGUCUUCCUUGGCUGAGCCCAUCAACCUAGAAGAUUCCCAUUAUGCCGUGCUGCGAGGCGAGAUCGACUCCGACCACCAGAACCUGGAGGCGGAGUCAUGGAGCGUGGCUGUGGACCAGAGCUACCUGAAGGCCCUGAACAAAGAGGCUGUUAAGAGACAGGACGUCAUCUAUGAGUUGAUCCAGACAGAGAUGCACCAUGUGCGCACCUCAAAAAUCCUUCUCCACGUCUACAUGCACGAGUUGAGGCAGUCAUUGCUGAUAGAGGAGGCCAAGCUGGAGCGGCUCUUCCUGGGGGUAGAAAACCUGCUCGCCCUCCACCAGCUCUUCCUUAACCGCCUCAAAAUUCGCCAAAACCAAAGUCAGGAGGAAGGAAGCCCUAACAACUACCAGAUCACACAGCUGGGGGAUAUUCUCAUAUCUCAGUUUUCAGGUGCUCUGGGAGAAGGAAUGAUGGAGUGGUACAGUGUGUUCUGCAGUCAUCAGAAUGAGUCCAUCAGCUUCUACAAAGAGCAGCUGCAGAACAACAAGAAAAUUCAGAUCCUCAUGAGGAAAAUAGGUCAGCUGCCCCUGGUGCGAAGGUUGGGUAUCCCUGAAUGUUUUCUGUUGGUGACUCAACGCAUCACAAAAUAUCCCGUACUGGUGGAGCGAAUCAUACAGAACACUGAAGCUGACACAGACGAAUACAAGUCUCUGGUACAGGGUUUGACGCUGAUUAAAGACACCAUCUCCCAGGUGAACGCUCAGGUCUGUGAAUACGAGAAAGUUGCUCGCCUGAGAGAGAUCGGCCUGCGCCUGGAACCAAAGUCUCAGGGCCGGCUGAAGGACGGCCGGGUGCUCCGCAGGGAGGAUCUGCUCCAGGGAAACAGGACACUGCUGCACGAAGGAGCCGUCACCUUGAAGACCUCCGGUAGACAGAAAGACAUCCAUGCUGUGCUGCUGUCAGACGUGCUCCUCCUCUUACAAGAGAAAGAUCAGAAGCUCGUCUUUGCUGCUGUGGAGAACAAACCACCAGUGAUCUCCCUUCAAAGGCUGAUAGUCAGGGAAGUGGCUCAUGAGGGCAAAGCCAUGUACCUUAUCUGUGCAUGCACCGUCAGCAUGCCCGAGAUGUAUGAGAUUCACGCACGCUCCCAAGAGGAAUGCAUAACAUGGACAGCGCUGAUAAGGGAAGCCGUGAACAGCUACCCACAGGAGGAGCUGUACCGUGAACUGACUGCCAGACUACAACACUUUCAAGAUAUGCUAAAGAUGAGGGAUGACCAGAUACUGCAAAGUCUGACAGAGAAGCAACAGAUCUUUGCUGCUCUCUACGAGACUGUGACAGAGCAGGAAACCCCCCACAAAGGGCUGCUACUCCGAGGAGACGCCACUGACCUCCAGCAGGGGGGGACACUGCUCAGAGGAGCCAUCAAUGAGGUGGAAAACCUGCAGAACCUGCUCUCCUCAAGAAUUAAAGACCCAAACCUUCUUUUUGAUGAGAGUAAGAUACAUGGGGGCCGGCUCAGGAGGGCCCAGACCUUUGGAGGAGUCGACAGUAGCCCUGGUGCAAGCACCAUGCAAAAUGGAGACGUAGCUGACAGGCCAGGCGGCAGCGAGGGCAAUCUGGUGUACAUCACUCACAGCUUCGACAAUACUGACUCUCAGUUCCACAAGAGUCACAGCUGUGAGGCCCUGGAACACUAUGCUGAUGACAAUAUGCCAGACGGCAAUUUAGCCUCCAGUAAUGUACCUGAGGCAGAGGUGUAUGAUAGAGUGAUACUGCUGGGACAGAGGCUGUACAGCCUAGAAGCAAUCAUCACCCAGCAGGACAGCCAGAUUGAGCUACAGCACGCUUUCCAGACAAAGAGCAAGCAGCGCGCUCGUCAUUACAGCAGCUUGCUGCUGGAGCAGGAGAAGCAGCGCAACUUGAAGAAGCAGAAGGAGGAACUCGCCAACUUGCACAAGCUGCAGGCGCAGCAUCAAGAGGAGCAGCAGCGCUGGGAGAAGGAGAGGGAGCGACAGAGGAUGCAGAUCGAGGCGCUGGAGGCUCAGCUGCAACAGAGGGAGGAGGACUGCCGACAGUGGGAGGAGAAGCUCAAUGAAGAGAGGGCUGAGCUGGAGAAGUUGAAGGAGGACUAUCAGCAGGACCUGGAGAGGCUGAGGGAGUCCACAAAAUCAGUGGACAAGGACAAGGAACGUCUGAAUCAGGAGAUGAAGCGUCUAGAGCAGCUGCAGGAGAAAAUAAAGAAGUACAUCCCAGGACACUAUGAUGAUCCUUCACAAUCCUGGAGUCUCUCCAGUUACCAGUCGUUCAGGGGGAGCAUAGUGAAUGGAGGUGGAACCUUAACUCCAAAGACCCAAAUAUUGCCCACCAACGCCAGCGAAAUUCCUCCAAAGGUUCCACCACGCAGGGAGAGCAUCUGCCCCAUGCCGGUCAAGCCCGAGCUGCCCGUCCACCUGAUCAGCACCACCAACCAGGAGUACAAGCCUGCUCCCGUGCAGCAGCAGAUCCCCACCAAGCUGGCUGCUCAGCCCAAAGGAAAGGAGAAAGGCUUCAAGACAAAGGGGUCCCACCAGAGGACGCACAGUGCAGCUGGUUUAGACGUAAGCCAGGUGCUGCCCAUCAGAAUGACCGGGAAAGAAGGAGGCAGUCUGAGAGCCAAGAGGAACAACAGUCCUCAAAGGAUCUACCAAUCAGGUGCCUUAAACCAACCAGACUCUGCCCACAGUGUGAAAAUAUCUCAGUCCUUCAGCACAAACAAGAGGAGCAGCAACGAGACUCCACCCCCACCACCUCCUUUUCCCAAAGAAGUUCUUGAGACGGGCAAAGAGAAGGAAAUAUUCCUUUAAUCAUAAACGACAGACUGGAGUUUGGGUAAGGCCUUUGCCAUCAUAAAGACUUUUAAACAUGGAAAGACUGAUGGAGCUGUUAAAGGACUCACACAUAUGGAGAGAGUGAUGGAGCUGUUAAAAUACUUUGGACAUGACUUCAUGACAUCCAGGUGUGUACAGCAUGAAGAGGACAAUCGCUAUUAUUAUAUUUUAUUACUGGAAACCAGCUGUUUGCGUUCAGAUUAGCUGAACAUGAAAAAAGUAACCACUCAUGGACAUGUUUUAUAAGGAUGUGUACAUUUGUGUUAGAGGUUUAAAAAAAAUGCAUUUGCACAUUGGAAAAGAUUCUAUUUUAAAUGAAGACACUGAGAAACAUUUUACUGCCAAAGACUUUUCUGAGUUUUUUUUAUCAUUUUAUUUUAAAUGAAAGUAGGUUGUCUUUAACCAUUUAGCACUCGUGUCUUAACUCUUUUUAAUUUAAUGAAUGAUAAGUGCGGUGACAGGAAGCUGUAGAUUUGCCAACUUUGACAUCUGUUUAAAUAUGAGGUGCCAAACUUUAUUUCAUAACAAAUCAAGGUAACCGUGAACUUUGUCCUGUUGUACAGUAUGUCUUGUAAUCAAAUCAUAACUUAACAGGGUACAAGGAAGGAACUACAUUUUGGCUGUAAAGUUAUUGUCUGUAAAUACUAUCAGGGGUUUUGUGCACUUCCUGUCCGGAGACAGUGGCGGUCCGUGACUCAGUAUCAGCAGGGUUGUUUUAGUUUACAGCCAGACAAUUACUGGAAGCAUUUAUGAUAAUAUAAGAGAAUUAUUUCUCAGUGAUGUUCCAUGUUAAAUAAUGUUCUGGUAUAAUUUAACACUAUAAUUGACCGCUGUCUCUUUUUGUUCCAUCCUCCAAAUCCCACCUAAUAGGUCAUUCAAUAAAAAGAGAGUUGACUUGACAGUUUUUUUUUUGAUUGACUUGAUGUGGCUGAGGAAAACCUAAUUUUCUUUUAAAGAAACUUAAGUGGAGCUGACUUUAAACUACAAGUGAUUCAGUCAUUUUAUCCCAGACAUUUGUGUGAGUGAAGUUUGUCAUGAUUAGUGUAUGAAUUAUUGACUUAUGGCCAAAAACAUGUCUUGUAAGGUCACAGUGACCUUGACCUUCCAUGACCAAAAUCUAACUGGUUCAUUCUUGAGUCCCAAUGGACUUUUGUGCCAAAUUUGAGGAAAUUCCCUCAAGGCCUUUUAAGAUAUCGUGUUCAUGACACAAGGUCACAGUGACCUUUGACCGCCAAAUUCUAAUCAGUUCAUCUUUAAAGUUAGCCUGGAAAUCCAGGCUCAAAUCUAGAAAGAUUUUGAGUCUGGCCCUCACCGAUAGACCCUUCCUACCCAAGGGGUGGCACUAACUGAGGCAUUUCAAAUGCCGUUGCACGCAAUUGGAUAGCACGAUAGCCAAUCAGAGCAAAAAACAAGGUGACGUAUUCAUUGCAGUAAGCCUCAUUGUUUGCCGAACAGUGGGGCUAACUGAUAUAUUAUGCUUUUGCCAUAUCCCGUCGGCAAAAUCGCAAAAACAUCCUUCCUGGAAGCGAAGGCUUCUAGGGCAGUCUUCUGUUCCUCUCUCAAGGAAAAAGAUAAGUGUAGUUGGCUUAGCGUUUCUUCCAAAGCUAAAUUGAAUGGAUGCGGUCCUUCGGCAGCUGCCAUCUUGGCUGUUUACUUUUCAACUCCUGCGGCGCAGCGCUGUUGUCAUCAUGUUAUGCCCGCCCAGAGCCCGCCUCUGUCAGAUAGACUGAUCUGAUUGGUCCGAUUGGCGAUUCAGCGAGCUCUGCUCGUCAGGGCCAGAUUCCCAUGCAGUGCAAAUUCAAAUUUGCUAGGGGCGGGGCAUCUGGAUUUCCAGGUUACUUUAAAGUGACAUUUGUGUGAAAUUUGAAGAAACUGCCCUCAAGUUUUUCUUGAGAUAUUGCCUUCAUGAGAAUUCCACAGACAAAGUCACAGUGACCUUGACCUUUGACGACCACAUUGUAAUAAGUUCACCCUUGUCCAAGGGGACGUUUGUGCCAAAUUUGAAAAAAAUUCCUCGAGGUGUUCUUGAGGUACUCUGUUCACAAGAAUGAGAUGGGCUUUGACCACCAAAAUUGAGUAGUUCAUCAUUAUGUCCAAGUGGACGUUUGCGCCAAAUUUGAAGAAAUUCCCUGAAGCAUUCUUAGAGAUAUCAUGUUAAUGAGAAUGGGACUGAUGGACGGACAGACCACCCAAAAACAUGUCUCUGGCCAAUUGUGUCCCUGUGAGAAAACCAUGACGGCAAUGAAAAAUGGUAGUCUCCAGGGAAAAUUGAGAGGGUUGGCAAGUUCAUGUGUUGGUCCCUGAGAAAUGUUAUUAGCAUAUGUGAUUUGUCUCAUAUACUGCUGUCAAAAAAUAUCAGCAAUCAAUAGCUUCAAUACAAAAUAUGUGCACAGACUCUCAAAAGAUCAGAUUCAGGUCCAAACUGAGGAUGUAAAUUCCAAGCUGUAGAAGUGUGCAGAGUUGAAUUCCAGCAGGGCUACCAAUAACAAAUGUACCCAUCCACUAAAAGCAUGUUAGCGGAUCAGAUAGUGAUGCAGUGUAUCAACAGCCCUCCACUCUGAGUGACUGAGCUGGAGCAACAGAGAGGCUCUUUGUCAGACUGCUGUUCAUCUCUGCAGAGUCUGAACAGCAGCAGACCUUUUUCACAGCUGGAGGGCCACAAUGAAAAGAUGCAUUCAGACUCUGUACCCGCUGCAAGGGUCUGAAUCAUGUUCUGCAUCAACAUAUCCACAGACAGCAUCCUGUCUGAAUCUGCUGAGAAGUCUGUCAAAGAAAUCACAAAACCUGUACAGUUUUAAUCAAAUGUAAUAAUGUGCAAGAAAAACAGAACACACCAAAUAUCAAAUACAAUGUUUCUUUAUUAUAUGUAUUCCUCAACAGAGGCUUUAAAAACCACUUGGUGACAACAAACUAUACUGGUGAAUGAAUAAUCUCAUGUCCUGGAAAACACUGCUGUUGAAUCAGCGAGGGCACACAUCCAGACAACUACGCUGCUCUCAUUUCACCUCUGACCAAAUUAUUUUGAUCUUCUCAACUUUUGAACAGGAAUGUUGGUUAACAGGCAUCAUAAAUGAAUGAGGAUCAGAAGUACAUCCACUCUGUGGAUGUACUUCUGGUGUACAGAGUGGAGUGACUGCCGGCCUCUGGUGUUUAUGAUGAAACCCUCAGGUCAGAAAUGGACUUUCAAAAUAAAAGCAUGAGGAAUCUUGUAUAUAUUGAUACCUUGCUUUCAGUUUCUUUAAACCCUUUAUGAUUAUACAUAAACAUAUACAGACAUCAGCCAACAACAGCUUCUGUCAGCCCAUGAAUUAAAAAAAAUAUUGUGCAAAUGCUUCGAAGAAACUAACCUAGGAAUAUUGGUACAUGACCCAUCGCUCGCUCCUCAGCCUGACAUUUGACUGCAGCACACCAUCAUUUAGAGUUCUUGUGUUUUUCAUAAAGCGACUUUUACACUUGACACAUUCUACUUUACCUCCCGACAUGGACACAAUAAGGCCAAAACCAACUCUUAAGACAACAUGAAUAACUACUGAGGGGCAGCAAAACUGUGGCAGCCAACGUUUCACUGUUGCACCACCGAUGAUGUAUACAGAGUCUGCACUAUAGAUUAUACACUGGUUUCAUAUUAAGGGUAAAACCGGAAUUAUAGCAUGCAAAACUAUAUAUACCAAAAGUAAGAUGAGUAAACAACAAAUGCUUCAGUUAAAAAAAACAAA